AAAAGUGGGUGGCUCGCUUGUGAGCCACCUCUGACUACCCCUUCGGGGAUUAUAGUUGUGAGUGCAUAUGUAUGUAUAUGUAUGUAUGUAACGUACUUUAUCGCUGUAUUUGCAGAUGCGUGGUCAGAAGCUGCUGCGGGAUAACUGUGGGGGCGUGAUACUCACACAGCACCACGUGCUCACCGCUGCGCACUGCUUAUUUCGAAAAAUCAAUGACACUACAGCUGUUACUGGCACUACCAUCUUGAGGGCAUCUGAAGUUGUCAUUCGCGUCGGAUCCUCCUACAAUGACCGCGGAGGCUCAGAGCAUGUGACGUCCAAGACCGUGGUCCACGAGGACUACAAAUAUAUGAUCAGUUACGACAACGACGUGGCAGUGUUGGUGCUGCCGACCAAUAUGAGCAACUACCGGAGCAGCUCGGUGCAGCCAGCCGCCAUCCCCCCGGGGGGGUAUGUGGUCCCGGACAACGCGUCUGUGGUAGCUGUUGGGUGGGGACGGACUGAUGAGAACUGCAUCAACUCAACCCCCCUCGGCCUGCGGCACGUGGGGCUGCGCAAGGUGGACCGAGACACCUGCGCCGCGCGUUAUUCGAUCUUCUCAUACAACAACAUGCUCUGCGCGGGGCUGCUUGGUGUUGGAGGAGCCGGCAUUUGUUCGGGUGACUCCGGUGGUCCCCUGGUGUACAACGGGGUGGUGGUGGGGGUGACCUCAUUUUCGGUGACAUGCGACGAUUCCUUCUACCCUCAAGUGUUCAUGCGCGUUUCUAGCUACACCAACUGGAUCAACAACACUGUAAGUCAAAACCAGGUUGUGGUUGUGGACAAGAACAGUCACAACACCGCCGUGGCAGCUGACGUCACCAGGUUGAUGCUACUCGUCUUCGCAACGUCAAUUGGGAUUAUGUAUUCCAAAAUCUCAUUAUUUUUUUAAGUAAGUAGCUACCGAUGAUAGUUUUAAUGUCUAAAUUUAAACUUAUUGUGUUUAAAUUAUAAUAUUAAUAUUUUUUAUAAAUUUAUGUUUAAAAAGUGGCUUUUUAGGCAAAUACUGUAAGUUUUGCAUUUCCGUUUAUAAUGUUUUUUUUUUCUUAUUAUACAUAUAGGAUGUUCUCGGAGUGGUAGGUAUAUUGUUACCUGAAAAGGGGUGACUCAGACUCAUUCUGAGCAACUUUUGUCGGGUAGUUUAACUUGAUUAUGUUGAUGACUUUGAAAUUUUGUCUUUUAUUGAAAUUAAAUGUAUUUUUAACAACUUAUGAUUUUUUAUAAGUAUCUUUCCUUUGCCCCCUUUGGUAUAUUAAUACUAUGUAGGUACGAAUAGAAAUCAUAAGUAGGUAUAUGAAAAAGACGUAUGUAGAAAUAUGCGAAACGUUUUACAUAUUUGAUGUGUCCUAGAGUCCACUUGCAAAGCUAAGGGUCUUAAGGGGACCAUAAAUAGCUACGUUUACCUUAAAUAAAAUUUACACCGCGGUGUUGUAAAAAAACGUUGUAUUAAGUAACUACUAGCUGUUCCCGCGAGCUUCGCUUCGCCUUAAAAAGUUUUCCCGUGGGAAUUCCGGGAUAAAAAGUAGCCUAUGUACUUUCUCAGGGUCUAGACCAUAAUGUAUACUAAAUUUCAUUCCAGACAUUGUACAGACCUUAGAAUAACAAUAUACGAACGAGACGGUA